UGUUGAUCGACGCGCAAUCGCAGAGCGCACAGACACAUACACACGGUAUGAGGUAUAGCAACAGAAAAAAAGGAAAAUAAACGGAAAACUCAGUUUUCUAUUUUUCGCUGCAACAGUUUGGUUGAACGUUCCGUGGUAUAUAUGAAAAUAUUCUAACGGGAUUUGCCUCAGUAUUUAGAUACUUCUCGUGCCGUUCUGACUGUCAUCAGCUUAUUCACAGAAGAAGAAGAACGAUUUCUCGGUUCAUAUGCAUUUUGUAUACUAUACAUGCCAAGUUGGAAUGCAAUUCGGGAUCACUUAUAAAAUCGAAAAGAAAAUUCAACAAGUCAAUUGAAUUUUAUUGGAUUAUCUGUACCAAUAACGUGUGUUAAGUGUUUAAAUUACACUGAAUAGACACUCUUGCUCUAUAUAGAUACAAAAAGAAAAACUGUUUAAAUUGUGCUUUGAAUGUGUGGUGAUCGAACAUUUUGAAUAAGAAAGUGCAUUCUUUAGAGAUUUUUUUUUAUUGGUGCAUGGAACUGAAUCCGAUCAUAGGAUAAAAGUGGAUAAAAUUAAAAUUACUGAAAAGUGAAUUAAAUUCAUCGGUUUUGACCUAUAAAAUAUUGAUGCGCGUGCAUCAAUUCAAAUGAACUAAAUCUUCAAGACAAAAUGAAAAUGGAGGAUAAAGCAAAUUUACCUCGAGUAAGGAUUGCUGUUUUGGGACACGUAAAUGUUGGAAAAUCAGCACUAACAGUGCGCUACUUGACCCGACGAUUUAUUGGAGAAUAUCGAUCAAACACAGACCUGCUCUAUCGUCAGACGAUUCCACUCGAGAGUGGUUUAUUGGAUGUGGAAAUCGUUGAUGUGUCAGCUGAAAUCGAAAACGAUUUUCCAAUCGAACAAAUUCAAUGGGCCGAUGCUUGCCUAAUCGUAUACAGUGUUACCGAUCGGGAAAGUUAUAAAUAUGCGACGCGUGCACUGGCCAACAUGAAAUCCAUUCAAACAACAACUUCCUCAUAUCUAAUAGCGAAUAAGGCCGAUUUGGAUCACUUAAGAGAGGUUGCCGAAACUGAAGGUGCCUCAUUGGCAGCAUCCCAUGGCAUCGGUUUCUGCGAAGUAUCUGUUGCAGAAAAUUCACCUAGCCUGUACAAAGCAUUCGAGCGUCUACUGAACGAUUCCAGGGGGCGUCCAGUCAAACAUAGGAAAUUUUCCGUCAGUAAAAUGAUAGGUACACUGAUUGGAAACAAUGACCACAAACCCAUUCAAUUGACACAAGGUACAAUGAAGCCGUGUUGCAAGGGGGAACUACACAAAUCACGUGUUUUGAAAAGACGUCAAGGAUUCACGGCAACAGCGUCCCUAUGACCAAUGUCGAAUGUAUCCGAUUGUGGAAAUUGAACAAUUGAAUACUGAGCGGUUGGGAGACGAAUUGGAGAAUGCUGUGAAUAUUUCUAUAUAUCACACCAAAAGCCGUAUGACCCAGAUGCAUGCAGGUAAAUGCAGCUCUACGAUUUUCGAAUCAAAAAUUUAAGUGCUGUGUUAGUUAUGAGUAGUUCAUUGGAAAGCAUUGGACGUUGUGUCGACACUCGACAAAGUGAUAUAAAAUUAAAUUUAAAUUUAAAAAGAAGAAAAAACUGUAAAAGAGAUCGAAGAAACAAAUAGCUCACUUGCAGAUAGUGGGUUGUGUGGGUGCAGUGUGUUCUGUAUUGUUAUGUUUCAACAGAAAGCCAAAACACUUUUAACGGUAAAAUGUUUUUGCCCGGCUUUAAAAACAUAAAAACUAAACAAUGUUUUCUAACUCCCUAAAAUAGAAUUUGAUGGACUAUAGCCGUUAUUUUACCGUUCAGAAUUCCAUCGAAUUUUAUCACGGUCUUCUACAUAAAACAAAAUCCAGAUCAAAACUUAAUUGUCUUUUUAUGACGCGGCAAUUAGAAAAGCUGUUCACGGAGAGAAAUUUCGUAAUUUUGUUGAUAAUUUGCAGAUUUUUUUUGACACACACACAGUUGUGACGUUACUCAGCACAUUCGAUAUAGACACCACGAAUCUCGAUACCAACUCAAUUAAAUCAUAUAAAUUUUCCUUUAGAAGCUUGAUUAAACUAUUGCCUCUCUGAGGUGUGGUUUUCAAAAAUCACUUACAUAACAAGGCUCAAAACAGUGUGGGUAACAGGAGAAUGUUCUUGUUAAAAAAAACUGCAUUUACGACCCUAGGGUUGUAAUAGAAUGUUUGGAAUUUAUAUUCCUCAUUCGAGAUGCUUUGAAUACUUUUAUUCGAACAUGUGUAACGAUGCAGUUUCGAUGAAAUAGAAACCAAACUAUACUUUGAUUUUGCCUUAGCGAGAUGGAAACGUUGCUCGAGAUGGAGAGGCUGCACGAGAUGCAAAGGUUGCUCGAGAUGGAAAGGCUGCACGAGAUGGAAAGGUUGCUCUUAGAGCUGAAGCAGAAGGAUCAUAAAAAAUCUGUAAACUUCAAACACUUCAUUUUAUAUGCAAGUGCAAUGAGGUACUCCAUUCGAAAAACAUACGAAAUUUGUCUCUGUGUAGUGUGCCUUCGACGAACGAAUUCCUUUGGUUUGAAGCUAUAAAUUUGUUAUGAUAAGACUUAAGCGACGCAUUGAUACACUCUCUCUCUCAGAUUGUAAAAUGAUUUUUCCAUGGUGCUAUUUACAUGAAUAUGGUACCCAGCGAAAAGAAGAAACAAAAAAAAAAGAAACGAAAUAUUUUUGUCACCAAAAUAAACUCCGAUUAUAUUUGUUCACAUCAACACAUAAUGU